GACGCGGAAGUGGUCAAGGAGUUCGACCAAGCGGUCGAGGAGAGACAGUGCGAGGUGCGUGACUUGCUCGAAGAGUUCGACCAGGUCCUCGACGAGCCCAAGGGGCUUCCGCCACACCGAGAGUUCGACCACCGCAUACCUUUGGUCGAGGAAGGUCGAGCAGUGCACGUGCAUCCGUAUCGAUACGCACACUUCCAAAAGACAGAGAUCGAGCGACAGGUGGGCGAGAUGCUCGAGUCCGGGCUCAUCCAGCAUAGCUCGAGCCCGUUCUCAUCACCGGUGUUGCUCGCAAAGAAGAAGGACGGAACUUGGCGAUUCUGCACGGACUACCGCGCUCUCAAUGCGGCUACUGUGAAGGAUCGUUUCCCCAUUCCGAGCGUCGACGACAUGUUGGACGAGUUGGGUGGCGCGCGUUACUUCUCUAAGCUCGACCUGCGCGCGGGCUACCAUCAGAUCAGGUUGGCCAAGGAGGACGUGACCAAAACGGCUUUUCGCACGCACCAAGGGCACUACGAAUAUCUCGUGAUGCCUUUUGGGUUGUGCAAUGCGCCGUCGACCUUUCAGUUUGCCAUGAACUCGAUUUUUAAGAGGUACCUACGAAAGUUUGUAUUAGUAUUCUUCGAUGAUAUUUUGGUAUACUCGAAAACAUGGGCAGAUCAUCUCGAGCACUUGCGAGUUGUUUUGGGGGUUUUGGAGGCUAACUCAUUCUACAUCAAACCGUCCAAGUGCUCGUUUGCUCAAGAGGUGGUCGAGUACCUUGGGCACUUUAUUUCCCAUGAGGGCGUUAAGGUGGACCCAAGGAAGAUCGAGGCAAUGGUGGGAUGGCCGAAGCCCGCGAGCUUGACGCAGUUGCGAGGGUUCCUUGGUCUUACGGGCUAUUAUCGCAAAUUCGUGAAGGACUAUGGUACCAUCGCGAAGCCACUCACCGAGAUGACGAAGAAGUGGGCGUUCAAGUGGACAGAGGCAAGCAAGAAGGCUUUCGAGGAGCUGAAGAAGGCCAUGACGACCACGCCCGUGCUCGCAAUGCCGAGGUUCGAUGUGUUGUUCGAGAUUCACUCGGAUGCGAGCGAUAUUGGAAUCCGGGCUGUUUUGGUGCAGGAAGGACGACCCUUGGCCUAUCUCAGCAAGGCUGUAGCGCCCC